CUAAUACCAGACCCUCCUCCAUCUAAUACCAGACCCUCCUCCAUCUCAUACCAGACCCUCCUCCAUCUAAUACCAGACCCUCCUCCAUCUAAUACCAGACCCUCCUCCAUGAAUCUAAAAUCAAAUCUAGUGAACUAAAUAUUUAGGAGCAUCUCUUCUGAGGUAACGAGGCCAGGGAACUACAGAGGUCCAUUUCAUAGAGCAGGUUUAGUUCAACAUAAACUAAAACACAUUUUCAGCUCAGUAGACCUACCAUCCAUGAUCCUGUGUGAUUAAAAGGCCUUUAAUAAUAAAUCUAUGUUCACUUUUAUGUUUAAAUUCAGCAGUAAUUUUUAGACAUGUUUAAGAGAAAAUCAAAAACUUUGAUCUCAUCAUUUGAUGAGAUUGAGGACAUGAAUGUAUGAAAUUUUAGAACUUGAAUAUUUUAACAUUGAUGACUUCAAACAAUAAAUAUUUUUUUCUUUCUGUGGCUCUUAAACUUUUCUCAGGCUAAUAAAAAAGUGAAUACUUGAUGUUUGUCUGCAUGACAAUGUCACAGUUUAGAGGAUAAAGAACGUGGAUCUGUUGUUGUCACCUGGUGAAUCGGUCUAUCUGGGCUCCAUUAGUGAUGCCUUAGUCAGCUGACCUCUACAGCUGACUAGUCCUCUUCUUCCUCUGUGUCUGUUCUGCUUCAUCUUCAUGUCUAACGCCUGCAUCAGCCACUUUAGGCCUCUCCUACACUCUCAGAUGGCUGAUGUGUUUCUCACAUUGACUUUGACCUGCAGGAGGAUGAGUGAGACUAACUGGUAGCCAGGGUGUUGAACUUUCAAGGCCAGUGUUUCUGUGAACCAAGUGUGCUGAAUAAUGACGUUUCAGUUUAGUGAGAGCAGAGUUGUACUUGGAGUUAGCUUCAAAUUCUCACGCCUGUGUCCACAGCUCUGUGUUUGAGUGUUUACUGUUGAGAUGAUCUGGAAGAAGAGGUUUGAACAUUUUCUUGUUUGGUUCUUACAGAAUUCAAAGGUCAUCAAAUGUCCUGUUUUAUCUGCCUGUUAUAAAAUAAUCUGCUUUUAUUACAGUUAAAACUUAACAGAUGUAGAGGAGAAGCUGCAGUGAAAAUCAGUUGGUGAUUUUGUUUAGCAGAACCACGUCAGCCAGACAACGUGGGAGAGCUUUCUGUGAACACGUUCAGAGGACUUUUAAAGGGAUUUGGAGAGUUUUUUUUUAUAAAAUGUCUCACAGAGAGAAGUCAUGACUGACAAAUCUGCUGUUUUAGAGAACUUCCUGAGCUGCCACGUGUGCUCGGAGACUUUCAAAGAUCCCGUGUCUCUGAGCUGCAACCACAGCUUCUGUUCCAGCUGCCUGAAGGAAUUCUGGGAAAAAGCUCAGAACAAAAACUGUCCCAUUUGUAAAAGAAAAUGCUCAAAGGAUAACCUAAUAGUGAACUUUGGUCUGAAGGAACUAGCCGACUCUUUUGCUGGCAGACAGAAAGAUGGAUCAUCUGAGGCUGAAGGAGAGAAGAAGGUGGAGCUGGUGUGUCAGAAACAUCCAGAAGAGCCCAGAUUAUUCUGUAAAGAUGAGGACAGAGUCCUGUGUCCUGUCUGUGAGUCUUCUCUUCACCACAGUCAUAAAGUGGUUCCUGUAGAAGAAGCCGUCAGUGAGGUGAAGGAGCAGCUGAAAUCUGACUUAAAGUCUCUGCAGGACAAGAGAGACCAAUACCAACAAACAGAGAAGACGUACCAUGAAAUGAUCCAACACUCCAAGAAGCAGCUGGUGUGGACGGAGAGGAAGAUCAGAGCAGAGUUCAAGAAGCUCCAGCAGCUCCUGAAAGAGGAAGAGGAGUCCAGGCUGGCGGCUGUGAGGGAGGAAGAGGAGACGAAGAUGAAGACGGUGAGCAGAGAGAUGAAGAAGAUUCAGGAGCAGAUCUCCUCUCUGUCUCAGAGUAUCGGUGCUGUUGAAGAAGAGCUGCAGAAACACAGCGUGUCCUUCCUCAGCAGUUAUAAAGACACUCAGAGCAGAGCCAGAGCCCGCUGCUCCGUGUCCCAUCCACAGCUGGUCUCCGGAGCGCUGAUCCAUGUCAGCAAACACGUUGGCAACCUGUCUGUCCAAGUGUGGGAGAAGAUGAAGGACAGGCUCAGCUUCAGUCCAGUCAUUCUGGACCCAAACACUGCAAACAGCAGUCUCUAUCUGUCUGAUGAUCUGACCUCUGUGAGAAAAGGAGACACAAAGCAGCAGCUUCCUGAUAAUCCAAAGAGAAACACUUAUUAUCCUACUGUUCUGGGCUCUGAGGGCUUCAGCUCAGGGAAACACAGCUGGGAUGUGGAGGUGGGAGACCAUCCUCGCUGGAAUUUGGGUUUGGCUAAAGAGUCAGUGGACAGGAAGGGAGAGAGAUUUGCUACACCGGAAUAUGGAAUCUGGUGUUUAUUAUACAGGGAUGGAAAAUACACAAAUGGUCUUGGUCACACUGUCAGAGUGAAGAAGAGUCCUCAGAGGGUCCGAGUCCAGCUGGACUAUGACAUUGGGAAGGUUUCCUUCUAUGACCCUGAAGACAUGACUCUCAUCUACACUCACAGAGACACUUUCACUGAGAAACUCUUCCCUUGCUUCUAUGUUGGAGAGUCUGGUGAUGCUAAAACAUCAGAAAUCCAAAUCUGUCCCCGUCAGAUGUCUGUGAUGUUCAUGGAGGGCGCCAAGGGAUUUCCAGAAGGUUCUUCAUCAGUUUGGUUUGAUUUCUGAAGAUCUGAAUGAAGGAGGCGGUUCUUGUUCAGCAUAAAUGUUGUCAUUAUUAUUGUGUGAAUCAGGUUGAACUAAAUGUUGUUUUGUGCUGUAAACCUGCUGAUAGGACUGGGACCAUUUAGAUUCCCUAGAAUAACGCCUGAUUCACAAAUGUUGUAUUUUCUAAGGAGGAGCAGGUUUUAUAUUUGUGUCAGGGAUGAACCAUAUUAUCAGCAUGAUAUUGAUAUCAGCAGAUCUGAGAAUAUUUAACUGAAAUAUCAGGUUUAAAUAUCAGCGUAUGAAUGAGUGAGUCUGUAGUUUUAUUCAGGACCAGCAGACCUGUGUCAGCUCUAGUCUUUUUCUUUGGUCAUCCUUAAACUUUAAAGUGUUUUAAGGACUGAAGUUUUAAACAUUUAUAGAUCAGUAUCAGCUAAAAUUAAUCUGUAAAUAUCAGGUAUCAGCAAUGAUCUAAUCUGGUGUUGAUCCAAAAAUGCAAGUUCAUUAAACUCUCUUGUCCAUGCAUUCUGUUAUUUACAUUUUUACACAGCGCUCCAACUUUUUUGAAACUUGGGUUAUGAUCAAAAAUACCACUUUCUUUAAGCUUAUGUGUGUCUGCUUUAGGCUUUUAUCUAAAGGGCUUUGCUAAAUUGGUGCUUCUUUAAAUGUUUCUUUUUAAAUGUUUUAUGGAGGUUUUUCUUGUCUUUUAUGUUUUAUUCAUCUGUUUAUUUUCUCUUUAAGUCAGCAGCUGUUUAAGUUGUUCUCUUCUAUUAGCCUAUACAUGUAUCUUGGUUUAAUCCUCUCUUUUGUGUAGGUCUUUUUUAGUUAUUGGGAUUUUUAUGGCCUGUCUUGAAAGUACUAAUAAUAAUAUCUUGAAUUUAUAUAGCGCCUUUCAAGAAACCCAAGGACACUUUACAGGAACACGUAGAAAAGCAUUGUCAAUGUUGGUUUUGUUCAGUGUUAUGUAAAUAAACUUUAUU